AUUUAAUGAAAUUGAUAUUUACGCGUUGUGAAGUAGAUAACGAAACAUUAAUUUACUAACAUUCAUGAAGUUUUAAUUUUAUUGUGAAUAUAUAUAUACAUAUAUUAGACUGAUUCAAAAAAAUCGACUAUUUUUUUGUAGAAAUUAUACGGAAAAUAUUGUUUGAGAUGACGAAAAAAAAAAAAGUUUAAUUUUGAGCUCUUAAUUUCCAAAUUAACCGCGUCAUCGCAAUUUUCGAUUUCCUAUUUAAAUAACAUGAGAAAAAUUUUUUUGGAAGUUUGGAAUUUUAUCACUGAUCAGUAAAUCAGUGUAUCGGAAAAAUUGAUAGACAUUUUUGUUGAAAAUUGAACGCUCUACAAUAGAGGUCUCUAAUGAUUUUUCGAUAAAUUAAAUUUUUCAAAAGUUAUUCAAGGUCAAAGUUGAAUUCAUAGUAAAGUUUUAGUAUUAUUUGACUUUUUCAGCGAAACUAUCAGAUUUAUCUUAAAAUAUUAUAAGACAAUUUUUGUAGAUCAUUUCAUUUCCUAUAAAUAAUCUCUCAUCAAGUUUCCGAAAUUUUCGAAAGGUCUUUAGUUCUUUGCAUUUACAAGUAAAUAAUUAAAAUCGGACAGAAUACGAUUGCUUAGAACAAUUAGACAUUUGAAUGCAAAUAACUAAAGAGAUUUCGGAAUUUAGAAAACUUUGUAGAAAAUAAGUUGUAGGAAAUGAAAUAAUGUACAAAAAAAGUCCUAUGACAUUUUACGAUAAGUCUGAUAGUUUCGUCGGAAAAGUUAAAUAAUAUUAAAAUUUACUGUGGAUUCAACUUUGACCUCGAAUAAUUUUUGAAAAAUUAAAUAUAUCGAAAAAUGAUAAGAGACUUUUGUUGUACAGCGUUCAAUUUCCAACAAAAAUGUCUAUCAAUUUUUCCGAUGCACUGAUUCGCUGAUCAUUGAUAAAAUUUAAACUUUCAAAAAAAUUUUCCCAUGUUAUUUAAAUGGAAAAUCGAUGAUUGCGAUAACGCGGUUAAUUUUAAUAUUAAUUAAGAGCUCAAACUUUAACAUUAUUUUUUUUUCGUCAUCUCGAACAAUAUUUUCCAUAUAAUUUUUGUAAAAAAAAAUAGCCGAUUUUUUUUAAUCAAUCUAAUAUAUACAUAAAUAUCUAUAUAUAAAUUAUUAAGAACAAAAUUUAUUCAAUGGUGGCCCAUUAAAUACCAUAAAUUUUUUUGCUUAUUUAAUUAAUAAAAACUAAAAUUAGUUUGCAAUAAAAUUUUUUUUACUAAAAAAUAAAAAAUUAAAGGUAGGAAGAGUGGGAUAAAAUGGACUCCUCAAGAAAAUAAGGCUUAUAUUCAAACUAAGUAUAAGCCCAUUUUGCCCACUCUCCCCUAUUAAUAACAGAGAAAAAAAAAUUAACUUUAAUUAAUGUUUAUUAAAAGUAUAUAUUUUUUUAAAAUGAUUUAGAUUUUUAAAAAUUUUAGUUAAAAAAUAAUACAGUUAAUAAUAAAAAAAAUUUUAUUUGUCAGUUGUCUGUAAUUGUUAGUUUUUAAACCGAGAAAUACCUUGAUAAGAUAUUUUAUUGCUUCAUAUGUAUUUAUAAGUUUUACUGUCAUAAUCACUUUAUUGUCAAUAUAAAUUAAAUAAAGUCUGUACCAAUGUUCAACUGAGUAUAGAUAUAAAAUUUAAACUUAAUAAAUAUAAAUGAGGCCAUCGGUAGAAAUAUUUGUAAAUAAAUAAUAUUAACAUUAAGAUGCAAUUUACAUAUUUACAAAUUAAAACAAUCAAUUAUUUCAGUACAAAAGUUUAUAAAAAAUAUAUAUACAUAUAUAUAUAUUUUUUUUUUUUCGUUCACAUCAAUUAAUGUUAUAAUUACUUGUCAAUAUACUUCCAACACUAUUCAGGUUUAUAAAGUUUGUCUACCAAAGAAUUUUUUGAAUUUUCCUGCAUUAUUGAACAACAACAAAAUGUUUGCGUACAAUUUAUUGUUAAUGUAAAUUUCAUUUGAACAUUAUUUAUUUAAAAAAAAAUGAAAUAAUAAUAAAAAUAACGAUAAUAAUGUAAUAUUUUAACAAGUACUCUUAUUUCUUACGAUUAAUAUUUUUUUUUUUUAAAAUACAAUUAUAGAUCAAAAAUAUCAUUUACAGUGGAAAAAAUCGGGAGUAAAUUCCGAGUGAUUACGGAUUUUAUUUAAAUACAAAUUCACUCCGUCACUUGAGGUUCCAUGACAACUGAUUCCCAACAAGUGAUCACACAGACAACUGAUCCCUCAGACAAUUUCAUAAAAUAAUUCCUUAUUAAUUAAUUAGUAAUUCCUAACUAAUUAAUUAAUAAUUAUUAUUAAUUACCAUAAAUCCGCCGAAGAGUAGAACAAAAUAGAAAAAAAAAAAUUCUCGGAUAUCUUCAUUUUUCGAUUUUUUAUAGCCAAAAAACAGGGGAGCCCCACUUCUAUAUAAUAACCAUUAAUUACUAUGAUAUGAGUAAUUAAAAUUCACUCUUAUAAAUAUAAAAAGUUAAUUUAGUUUUUGAGAAAAUCAAUUGAUUAUUAAGCGGGGAAAGGGGUUUGAGAUAAAAAAAGAGCAUAUUUUUGUGAUUUUUUUUUUCAGAGUAACUUCUUUAUUAAAAUUCUUAGAAUUUGUGACAUUAUUAAGCAUAAUUCCAAGAAUAUUCUGCUAAAUUUUCAUAAAAAAAUAUUGAAAAAUAAACCAGUGGUAGUGGGGAGAGCUGAGUCACCUUAAAAAAAAAAAGUCUAUGCGGUAGGCAGGAUAACUCAUGACUGGUUCAUUUGAAAUCAAAAAUCCAAAAAGAUUUUUUUAGUACAUAAGUUUAUCUUGGAUUUGAACGAAGGAAUAAACAAAAGUUUGGCGAAAAAAAAUAAAAAUGAAUGAUAAAAGUUUCAAGGACAAUUUUUUUUCCUUUUUAUUACACUAGAAAUUUAAAUUUUGCUUCGACAGAUAGUCAGAUGUAUUUUUUCGCGCAGGCGUGACUGGUGUAACGAAAGUAUAUGUAAAAAACAUAUAUAGAUAUAUAAAGUAGUUAUGUUCUUUUUAUUAAUUAUAAUUAAACGGGGCCGAAUUUGAUGGCCAUUUAUGACAGACUUCUUCUUCAUCCCUAAAAUAAUCUUUAAAAAAAAUAAAAUGAUCCAAAUAAUGGCUUUUUUCUCGAGUUUUUACGGGUUUGUGUUUACGGGUUACGGACACUUUUUACUGCUUGACGAGAAAUUUUUUUUACAUUUUGAUGUUUUUUCAGUUUUUCGAUACAUCAAAUUCGUCUUUAUAAGUAAUAAAAUUAUACCUUAUUAAAUUCUCUAUUCGUUGAUGUGUAACUUGGUUAAGCUCCGUAGACUAACAAGAGUAAAACACUAAAAACAUUAGCGAAAAAGAGGCAAACUGAAUUUUUCGAUCGUAAAGCACACUCUAAUGCUUCGCAUUAAGAGUCGUGCAAAAUAUUCAUUUUUGAAUUUAUGGUAAUGCAAUCAAAAAACUCUGAUUUUUGCUAAAAAUUGUUCCUCUUGUUUAAUUAAGAAAUAAGUAGUAUUUGAAAAAAAAAAACUUUCGUUCAAAUCCAAGAUAAACUUAUGUACAAAAAGAAAUCUUUUCGUUUUUUGAUUUCAGGUGAAAGUCAUGAGUUAUCCUGCCUACGACAUGGAGACUUUUUUUUUAAGGUGACUCGGAUCUCCCCACUACCAUUGCCUUAUUUUUCAAUACUUUUUUAUGAAAAUUUCGCAGAAUGUUCUUGGAAUGAUGCUUAAUAAUGUCACAAAUUUUAAGAAUUUUAAAAAAGAAGGUCCUCUAAAAAAAAAUCACAAAAAUAUGCUUUUUUGUUUUGUAUCUCAAACCUCUUUCCCCCUUAAUUGUAGAUGAGAUCAGAUGUCGGUGGGAUCAAUUUGUAGGGAUCACUUGUGGUAUAAAAUUGUUGGGAUCAGUUGACUUCAAUCCGUCAAUCGGAGUCUCGGAGUUGUUAAAAAAGUUAUUCCGCAUACGUAAUAAAUAGGGAGUUUGUCUUUUCAUUGGAAUGAUUUGGUUUUAUUUAAAUCCGCAUCCACUCCGAUUCAGAGUUUUACUAUUAAAACAAACUCCCUUUGAAAUAAAUUUCACUCCGAGGGGAUUAAACAAAUAAAUCGUCAUCCGCUUGCAUUCACUCCGGAUUUACUCCGGGUUCACUGAAAAUUUUUUACAGUCUGUGAAUUAUGUGAAAAUUCGUAAAAUGCGAAGCUGUAAAAUAUUAUUUAUUUUAUAAAUAAUUAAUAAAUAAAAUUCGAAAUAAAAUAAAUUUAGUUAUUAAUUUUUUUUUAUAGAGAAUAAAAAUUUUUUUCAGAUAAUGAUAUUAAUUAAUCGAAUUAAUGAAUUUAAUAGGUAUAAUGCAUUAUAUUUUGAGUGCUAAGUGCUAAGAGCUUGGAGAAUUACCGUUUUAGGGGCAAUUAAUUUUUUUCUCAUACAAGUAUAGGUUUUCAAUACUUUUAAACUAAUAUAUAUAUGUAGAAGUAUAACAUUUGACUCAUUUUUUUACAGCUAAAAGCAUUUUGAUGAUCCAAUUCUACCUACGACACUUGAAUGUAAUUAGAACAAUAUCAAUUAUUAGUAAAAAGAUAAAGUAAGUCAAGGUAUUAAUUGAUUUUAUGGAUCUUAAUGUAAAAAAAUCCCACCGUUAAUGGAAUCGAAAUUUUAUCGGUAAUUUAGUGUUAAUCAUGGCAAUGUAUAUAAAAAGAUAUCAAUAAAAAAUCCACGUAGUCCACUUUAGUGCAGUGGAAGAAUAUAACAUAUUUAAUAAUAUACGUAAUUGUUUAAAUGAUUUUAAGGAUGAUAGAUACAAAAUUAUUAGUGCUAUUUAGUACUUUAGUGAUUCUUAGUAUUAAUCAAAGGGUAUUUGUAGAAACAAGUGAUGUGAAACAAGCACCUGGAACCAACAACCCUGCGACUUCACAAGAAAAACCAAAAGAUACGAAUCAAGCACCUGGAACCAAGCCUCCGACUUCAACAGAAAAACCAGAAGGUACGACUCAAGCAUCUGGAACCAAGCCCCCGACUUCAUCAGAAAAAUCAGACGAUACGACUCAAGCAUCUGGAACCAACCCUCCGACUUCACAAAAAAAAUCAGAAGAUACGACUACGAAGGAACCCGAAGAAGUACUGCUUGGAACUCGUAGCCCUGACGAUAGCAAUGCUCAAAGGAUUUCGUUUGCUGGAACAAUGGAUCCGAAAGAUGAUCAUUACAAUAGUGCAUCAAGUCAUAGCUCCCAGUUGCUUACUAUUUUGCUGAUAUCAGCUGUUACUACAUAUUUUGUAUUAUUAUAAUUUUCUAAUUUAUAUAGGGGAGGGAGGGGCAAAAUGGGCCCUUUAAUAAAAACGGGCAUGUAUAGUCAGUUGUUCUUAUUUGUUUCACUUCUUUCCAGCUUCUUACCAUAUAUUUGGUCUCAAUACGCCGCGCCUAUUGACAAUUAAAAAUCUUUAAACUUGGAGCAAAAUGGGCCUCCCAAAAAAAGUGUUAAUAUUUGAAUUUUUUUCACCCCUCUUACUUUUUCUAGUCUUUUUCCAUGUAUUCGUAAUCAAUAUGCUCUAAAAAUAAAAAAUUUUAAUUUGGGGCAAAAUGGACCCUAAGAAAUCUACUAAAAUUUGGUUAUUAUUUUAUUUCGUCUUAAAAGCUAAUAAAUAAAUUUUUCAGAGAAUUGAUUCUUCAAUUUUGAGCACUUGGCGCGUAACCGACAUGGCUUCGGUUCAAUUCCCAGUUCGUACUAUCCAUAUUUUUCUCAAUUUAUUUAUAAACUUUUCGUUGAGGAGGUUCCUUCCUUAUCCUGCCCAAUCCCUUACUAUCAUA